CCCUGCCUGGGGGGGGAUCUGGUCUUUCCUCGGGACCCUAAAAGGGAGGGUUUUAUCGAUUGGAAAGCGGGCCCCCGAGGCUGGGAAGCCGCUGGAGGCGUUGGGAUGGUCCUGGCCAAGCGCUAUUGAAGCGACGGAUCCCGGAGAGGGCGAGGAGCGGCAUCCGAGGUCCCGUCUUCUCCCUCCCGGGAGUCGGUGCAAUUAAAGAUGCCCCCCAGCCUGGGCGGAUAGCGGCCUCCGCUGCUUCUCCCUCGCCGCCCCCUCCCCCCCAAAUCGCAACGACGAUAGCCCGAAAAAGGAGCGGUGGCGGCGGCGGCGGCUGCGUUGCCCGGGCACGCUGGGGGAACAGGUGCAAAGUGGAUUGGGCGGAGCGGGACGGUCCCGUUGUCGGGGCCUGGCGCGGGGCUGAUGGAGAGCGAGCGGGACAUGUACCGGCAGUUUCAGGACUGGUGCCUCCGGACUUACGGGGACUCGGGCAAGACCAAGACGGUGACCCGUAAGAAAUACGACCGGAUCGUCCAGCUGUUGAACGGCUCCGAGUCCGGCUCCACGGAUAACGCCAAAUUUAAAUUCUGGGUCAAAUCCAAAGGGUUUCAGCUCGGCGGCUCGGAUGAGGUCAAUGGUGGAGGUGGAGGGAAGCAAGUCCUCUACGUGCCGGUCAAAACCACGGAUGGAGUAGGUGUAGAUGAGAAGCUGUCUUUAAGGCGGGUAGCUGUGGUCGAAGAUUUCUUUGACAUUAUCUAUUCCAUGCAUGUGGAAACAGGACCAAAUGGAGAACAGAUCCGAAAACAUGCUGGACAAAAGAGAACUUACAAAGCAGUAAGUAAAAUUUUUUUUGCAGAUAAAGAAAAAAGUGUGAAAUGCUCAAAGUUUCAAACACAGAUUUCAGAGAGCUACGCCUUCCUACCGAGAGAAGCGGUGACACGAUUUUUAAUGAGCUGCUCAGAGUGCCAGAAAAGAAUGCAUUUAAACCCAGAUGGAGCAGAUCAUAAAGAUAAUGGAAAGCCCCCUACCUUGGUAACCAGCAUGAUUGAUUACAAUAUGCCAAUUACUAUGGCCUACAUGAAGCACAUGAAGCUCCAGCUCCUAAACUCGCAACAAGAUGAGGAUGAAAGUUCCAUUGAAAGCGAUGAGUUUGAUAUGAGUGAUUCUACCAGGAUGUCAGCCGUUAAUUCUGACCUCAGUUCCAACCUUGAAGAAAGAAUGCAAAGUCCUCAGACACUUCAUGGCCAGCAGGAUGAUGAUUCCGCUGCAGAGAGCUUUAAUGGCAAUGAGACGGUGGGACAUAGUUCCAGUGCUUCUGGGGGAAUACACUGCAGGGAGAUGGCCGACUCCAACAGUAACGGCAAAACAAAUCUAGAGCAGGAUGAGCAACCUCUGAACUUGAGCGAUAGCCCCUUCUCUGCUCAGCUGACCUCAGAAUACAGAAUAGAAGAUCACAGCAGUAAUGGAAAAAGCAAAUAUAAGAACCUUUUAAUUUCUGACCUCAAAAUGGAACGAGAAGCAAGAGAGAAUGGAAGCAAGUCCCCUGCACAUAGCUCUUCAAGCUAUGACUCUGGAAAGAAUGAGGGUGCGGACAGAGGGGCUGAGGAUCUGUCACUGACGCGAGGGGAUGAGGAUGAGGAUGACCACGAUGAGCCCGAAGAUGCCGAGAAGGUGAACGAGACCGACGGGGUAGAAGCUGAGAGGCUGAAAGCUUUUAAUUCUCGACCAAUUCCUUCUCACCUUACUUCGGCAGUUGCAGAGAGUAUUUUGGCCUCAGCCUGUGAGAGUGAGAGCAGGAAUGCAGCGAAGAGGAUGCGACUGGAUAGGCAGCAGGAGGAGUCUGCUCCAGCUGACAAACAGUACAAACCAGAGACGGCCCAGGCUACGUAUUCAACGUCAACUGUUUCUAGCACCCAGGAGGUGUUGUACAUCAAUGGAAAUGGAACCUACAGUUACCAUAGUUACCGAGGGUUAGGCGGAGGACUGCUAAAUCUGAGUGAUGCUUCUAGUAGUGGGCCUACCGACCUGAGCAUGAAGAGGCAGUUAGCCCCCAGCUCCGGGGCGGCCAGCAGCACCAGCUCCAGGCCCCAGCUGAGCCCCACCGAGAUCAACGCCGUACGCCAGCUGGUGGCCGGGUACCGAGAAUCAGCCGCCUUCUUACUGCGUUCCGCAGACGAACUCGAAAACCUCAUUCUGCAGCAGAACUGAGUCGCGAGACCCCCGACGGUGACGCUCUCCCGGUCUCAUUCUCGGAGUUUCCACUCACGCCAUCUUUAUUUCCCAGGGCAGACGCUUCAGGGUGCCGCACCGUCUCUUAGGAGAGUUACCGGAUCACCGCAACGCCACGCUGUUCGCGAUCCGUAAAGCGAUGUGCUCAGGAGCUUCGGGUGAACUCUGACCUCCGGUGUUUCCGAGGUCCUUCAACGUGUCCGGCGUAUUGCUUUCCGUUCAACGUGGCAGCGUAAAUAUCAGAGAGUGGCCGUAGAUCAACUCAUCCUGACAAGUGGCAGAAACAAGAAGGUACUGUAAAACACAACUGGUUCAAGAUCCAAGUGCAAUAUCAGUGGACUCUGCUCCUGACUCACCGGACCGAAAGCUGCAGUAUAGGGCAAGCCGUUGCCUGAUUUCCUGUUACUACAGGAUACAUCAACAAUGAAAAGGAUCUUGUAUUUUAAAAAAAAAAGUAAUUUUUAUAAAGAAAGACAAACUUUUUUUUCAUUCAAAAUGGUUCAUUUUUACUUUGGAAACUUUUUCACUGGUCCCGAAAAAAAAAACUGUUUUGAGAAGCUAUUACAAGUCCCCCUGCCCUACUCCUCUUUCCCGCUCUCGUCUCCAGAUUUCUUUCUACAAAAAUAACACUCGAUGCUGGAAAACCCACUCACACGUUUCCGAUCAUCGUCACGUCGGGAACUACUUCUGAAAGAAGGCUGCAUCUCCUGCACUCGAGCCCCUCUCAAAGCCACCCCGGCCAGCCUUGCAGCUUCAGUGCCGAUAUCAUAAUCCAGUGGUAUUUUCCAUUUUUAAAAUGACCCAUUCUUACACUCCUUCACACCUUGGUUCCUCCUAGCUGCUCACCUCACGAUUGCUGCUGCCGUUUCGUUCAAGCUCCUCUGGUAGUGACCGGACGUAGAUGGCUGAAUGUCAGGAGGUUGCAAGUGACAAUCCGAAAAUUUGCACUCUUUGUGUGUAGUUUACUGUUCGGUUUUCCUUGUCCUCAGAAAAGAUCAUUUCCUCGCCCUGGCAGGAGAUGGAGAACGCAUAGGCUUAGUUCAAAACGGUGGAAAAACACGACAGAAAAUGGAGCAGUGGAUGCAGCUUCAACUGACACUGAACUCUCGCCUCCCAUUCUCCCCACCCUCUUCCCUCCCUCUUUCUUACUUUCUAGUGUUGGCUCCACAUAAAUGGUGUUUUCUUUGUGCACUAAGGCAAGGCUAUUUUUAAGUAUCUAGAGAGAAGUACCUUAGUUUGUGCUUCCUGUACUAUCUGUUCCGUUGUUUAGCUUUUGUUGGAUAACAGAGUUCCUUGUGCAUUCCUGCAUUUGCCUUAUUUCAUGGAAUUCAGUUUUUGACAAUGAGUUUAAGGCAUCGAUGCUAUUUUAUAUCUACUUGUUACAUAUAGUUUUUCAAGUAAUGACUGUGAUCGUGACCAAGUAAUGUGCACUUUUUCUUGUAACUGUGGACAUUGCUCUGCUUUUUUUCUCUAGUGUUUCUAGACUUCCUGUUGCUUACGGUUCUGUAAAAACUGGAAAAAGAACUUUUGUGAUACUGUUGGUGAAUAUACAUGUGAUAAACCUAUUGAAAUAUGAAUAUUUUGGAGAUACGGAGAUACACAUCUCUAAAUUGUGGGCACGGCGCUCGCAGAUGGAAAUAAUUCAAAAAAAACAUUGAGGGCUGGUAUCAUUUCCUCUGUUUUGUUUGGUUAAAUAAACAGAUUUCUGU